AUGCCUGGGUCGCAUGACUUCACAUUUGUGGCUUGGCUUUUUUGCUUUGUUUUCCUGAAGGUGGAGUGCUGGAAUCUACCGCUGGCUGUGGUACUGGAGCGAGAGGGUUCACAGGAGUAUUUGAAUCAAGGGUGGUUGAGCCCUUUGACCACUCCUACCUUGCCUACCACCACUGCACCCAACUUAACUAUGGACGACACUACCACACAUGCUAUAGCAGAGACCCAUUUCACUAUGGGUAACUAUGUCAUUUUAUCUAUGCCUACUCACGCUGACGACAUCUCUAACUUGUCAGCACUUCAAGAUCUCAUUCCUCAUGUCAAGAGUCUUCCCACUACCAUGUAG